AUGCCUAUUAUACAUGACCGAAUAAUCCAUAGUUCUAAAGUUUUAAAAGAUUGGGAAGGUUUACCUAUCGAAAAAGAAACAAAAAUAAAAGAUUUUUUGAAAAUAUUUCAGCAACAAUGUAUUGCUUGGGAAGCCGCAUGUCAAUAUGGAAUUUUUGUAAAUUUUUAUAUUAUAUCUCAAGAAAUAACAGAUUUUAGUAGGGCUCCUAUUAUUAAUGCUUUUGAUAUUUUAAGAGCCAAUUCAAAUGAUAUAUUUGGUGGUGGAUGGAAAGGAAAGGUAUUUGCACAAAAUGUUGGAAAAAAAUUUGUAACAGAUUUGGCAAGUGCUUUAUG